AUGCGGAAAACAUUGUUGUUAGAAAAACAAACUGAUCGUAAACAACGCCCAAAGGAUAAUCCUAUGGGAAUUUGGAACCGUUCUCUCGUUUCCUCCUUCCCACACACUUCCACCUUUACUCUAUCAUCUCCGAAUAUUGGAUCAAAUAUGGUAUUCCAACCACCGACCUCAUCCAUUCUUCAAUUCUAUUAUAAAUCCUCAUCAUUGUGA